AUGACAUCAGUGAGGCCUCUUCGGAAUACUGCUUAUGAGAACUUUGCCCUGAAGAAUAAUUACGAGGUCUCAGAAUUGCUCGGCUCUGGAGCCUAUGGCCGCGUUUUCAAAGGCACCUCCCCAAAUGGACUGACUGUAGCUCUCAAAGAAAUUGUCAUCCCUGCAGACGAUCAGGGAAUCCCUUUGAGUACACUGCGAGAGCUGAGCGUAUUGAAAAAAGUCCAGGCCUAUAAUUCUCCUUUUCUCGUUCAGUAAUUACUGCUUACACAUUUUUUACUAAUCGAACUAUGUAGAAUGCUAGACAUCUCUCUUUGUCGACGGGCAGAGAAUCUGUGCAUUUACAUUGUUUUUGAAUACAUUGACUGUGAUCUCUCGCGCUAUAUCUCGCAUCAUGCGCCACAGGUCGGUUUACCUAUCAGUUCUAUUCGAGUAAGUGUUCUCCGCUUUCGUGUUUAUUGUCCUUACAGAAUCUUGCGUCCCAAUUGCUCAAGGGUAUUGAUUUUCUCCACUCACACCGGAUAAUUCACCGCGACCUAAAGCCCGCUAACAUCUUGAUAAACGAAGCUGGUACCCGACUAAAAAUAACCGAUUUUGGCCUUUCUCGUGUACUCGGGUGGGAGUCGCCCCUCACACCCAUUGUGGUUACACUGUGGUACCGUUCACCGGAAAUCUUAAUUCAGUCUGAAUACUCAUCGGCUUGCGACGUCUGGGCUGCAGGAUGCAUAAUAGCUGAGCUGUUUAAUUUGAAAGCUUUAUUUAUCGCUGACUCGGAGAUUCUAAUGUUGAAGAAGAUUCUAGAGUAAGUGUCGUCUUCUGGAAAUUAAUCGACUUGUCAUUCAGCGUUAUAGGAUUUCCUCCAGCUUCUGAGUGGCCGCGUACUUCCUUCCUGAAACAAGGUGACUUCAAAAAGGUCGGUGAACACAAUAUACUGCGCUCCAAGGUAAAGACCACGGACGAGUCGGCGCUGAAUUUAAUAGAAGUGAGUGCUGUGCAGUUGCAUUUUUAGACCUCCCCUAUGCAGUUGUCACCGUGGUGCAUACACCAAGAUAUUUUUUUAGUUUUGUUUCAUGGACCGUGUUCGAUCCUCACAUUUCUAGCGGACUACUCCCUUUUCAACCUUGGUUUUUUGCCCUCCUUAUGUACGCUACGACGCUCGCCAUUGUUAUUUACUUUUUUCGAGAACUUAACUACACUGAGCACUCUUAACUCCACUUUUGCAUGCAGUUUGGAUAAUUUACCAUUUUUUGCUACACUGACACCCAUUUCCAUGAUCAUACUUUCCCUCCCCCACCUUCCACAUUUCAUACGCAGUGCAUGCUAACCUUUAAUCCGCUGAAACGAAUACCCGCAUGCGAGGCUUUGCGUAUGCCUUUCUUCUCCUCAACUGAGGUGCCGACUCCUUCUGACCUCUUGUCUCUAUGCCGGACCACCACUUCAGUCGCUCCCUCCGUGUUGCCACACGGACGCGCGUCUCUGCGGCCCUCCUCCACUGCUCUGACGUCGCGUCCCUUCCUGCCCAAUCGUCAUUCACUUACAGCUGUCUCGACUACCUCCCAUUCGCGCGUGCAGCGACAUCAGCAGCGCUCGUAUGCUGCCGCUGCUGCUGCUGCGUAUCAGCCGUGUGAAGCUGUCGAACCCCGAACCGCGGUGUUCCCUGCAGUCGAGACCUCGACCUUACAGCAACAGCGGCGUGCCGGUCCAUCCAACAACGUCUGGGGCGUCCAGAACCACAGACCCAUGACUAGACAGCUUGCAGCAGCUAUUGCACUUCAAGGCACCGAUGCCGAAACCGCCGUACCCACUAACCGGAUGCCGGCACCCUCAGCCCGCGGUGCUCGGCGCUACACUCAACCAUGCAAGUCGACUCGCAUGCGGGUCCAGACGCCGCCUGUAGUGAGCAUUCCCGAGGCACAGGAGCCUCCGCCACUGCCUUCGCAGACAUGUGCGAAUACGGAUAUUCAGUCCUCCGCGAGCUCUUCAUCUACUCUCACGACCUUAGUUGGAACGACUACAACCGGCCGUGGCCGACAAAAGCGUGUUGCACGAAGGCGGACAGUAAUGGGCGUUGAGCGGGUUUGUUCUCUCAAUAAUUACCCAGUCUUUUCGCUUUCCUCCCCACGUUGUCCAAGCACAGAGCAUCCAUUUUUCGGCUGAGCGAGAAUUUGAUUUUUUGCCAUUUAGGACGAUCUCGGGACACCGUCAGUGGUCGUGGUCAAUUUAUAAUUCACAGUGCUAAGUUUGCGUGCUGUCUGAUAGUCGCGUUUAUGCCCGUUAAAGGCAAAUCUUGUUACGAUGUAGGCAGAAACUACUGAAUCUCUGACGCAAUUUCUAAGUUGGCUGACUUUUCACAGGCCGCACAUUUUCGCUUACCACUAACGGUUGUCAAAAUCACAUGCACGAAUUAAUUUUUCAUGGCGGAGCAACAAAUAAAGCUGGCUUCAAAAAAUACCUAGGAGGCACAAUCCAAAGCCUCCCACUUAGGAAAUAAGGAAGAAACUCGCUUAGCUUGUUUAGUCUGUGUCUGCGUUUCGUCUCUCAAGUAGCUUAAAGAAUGUAACGGCCAAAUGGUCCUUUUGGGAUGCUACAGCUACGCUGAAUGCGUUGAUGUCCUUUGUUGGCCUUCCCUUUUCGGGGGAAUAUGCGAUCCCACCAAACACAUUGAUGGAUUUAAUGUGUGCUUCCACAUCCUCACCCCUUGGCAAUCAGUCCUCACCCGCCUCAACGGAACUGCUCAAAAGCCUUUGUAACCGUCGUUGAUUAGCGGACUAAACCAUUAGGACAUCCGAUAUGCAUGUCUAUACACCUAGUAUAUAACGUUUGUCCUGAUUUACUCAUCCCGACCGCCAUAAGGUCUCGCAGAUGAAAUGAUAUGCAGUACCGUAAACAGCCUAGACCAAUUCAGGUCGUCUUUCCACUAUGCCAGCCGUGAGUCGUAGUCAAAUACGUCCGCCGUCUGGGAUAUUUAAUCAGCCCCGUUUAAGGCAGCUCUGCAAAUCCUUCACGCAGAAAGUGGUUUGAAACUGUUCUUACUAGGCUUUGGCAGUUGUAUCAUUUGCAAGCCGACCGCAGCUUGUAGACAUUACACAUUAGGUCAAAAACUUCGGAAGAGCAGCUUCUGUUCUCAUUACCUCACCACUCGCUGUCAGAGGGCUGCCACUUCGCCUGGCCCACCUCCGGUCAUCUGGACUUUGUGUUGCCAUUGGAACACGGUGUGUGUGUGUGGUGAAUAUAGUAGAUGCUACGAAGGUCUGCUUUACCAUAAAUGGAUUAACGCGAAAGCCACCAAAGCACCCCUCCGGGCCCACUAUGAACCUUGUCGUUCGCGAUGGUCGAACGACAAAAGAAGGUGACAUUGUCUACAAAAUUAACUGUUUGUGUUUUUGUGGUUGGCGGGCGUUAACCGAUCAGGUUAAGGGACAUGCUUGUUCUGCCGCGCCUUGAGACUCCGUAUAGUUCUCACAGGCAGUCGCGUAGCAUCGAAUAAUAAUACAGGAUUGAAUACCGAUAGUGACAAUGGGAACUGGAAUGGCCAUUUCUAGCUUAUUAACCGUCGUCUUCCGGCCACACCCAACCCCGCUUUUGCAUGAACAAAAGUUGCUACUCCAGUCUCUCUUGUCUUUUUCGGCAUUCCUUCCUGUAUCAUUACUCGUCGCUUUGUGACUGCCUUCGAAGGCUCUAAGUCAAACCUCGAGGCGCGACGGGACGGGCAUGUCCCACAGCCUGGUCGGUGGACGCCCUCCAACCGUGGUUACUAUUGCCGACCACAACAGACAGAACUGAGGGACCAUGACUCGGUUGUAGAGCGUAGGACUUGUAAACUCACUAACCAAAAGAUCCUGGUCCAAAUCCCAGAUCAUGCAAACUUGUCUGGCGGCCAAAAAGCCAUAAAUGGUCAUCCCUUUGCCGUUGGUAUUCCUUUCUGUCAAAAUUUUUCUCUAGUUGACGAAACUUACGUCGUUUCGUCUUACAUCGGUAUACCACUUGGCGUUCAGUAGUCUACCCAAACUCCAAUAUUAGGCUUGAGGGCUAAGAUAACUCUAACUAUGUGGGUUAAGCGCUUUGGUUUUCUUUGCCAAACAUCUGCUAGUGCAUGUGGCAAACCUCUGACGCUCAAGUAUAUUAGAUCGAUGUUACCUACACACUAAGUUCGUUCCGACCAAUGUCAGGUGUUAACGAACUCUGAGAGCCGAUUUCUUUAUUAAGGAGGGCAGGAUGCCGUGAGUUGGCUGUUUGUUUGCGUGUCGAAACAAAACGUCCGUUUGCGAGCGCGUAAGUAACGAAGUAUGUGUGCGCUAUUGGGAUAUGCCUGUGACAGCAUGAUCAAGUGACUAGCUGAGUGUUGAACAUGUGAUUGGCUAGUCCAUAGGCUGAAUAGGGCGCGCAUAAUCACGAGGGCCCAUGGGUGAUAAGCGUCGCCGGCCAACGCCUGUGAGAUUGCGUCAACUCGUGGGUGCAGUUUUGAUUCAUCAUAGCCUGACAAGAGGCACUUCAGAUCAAGCCUGGGAGUGACCGUGCGUUAGCGGCACGCCUGCAGAUUAACCCUGUUGUCGCGGCCGUCGAGCGACAAAUAGGAGCGGGGAAAGAACAUACUGGGGUGGCUGCUGCAAACCCAAUUUGUACAUGCAAGGUGCAGUAACCACCAUCGGUCCAUGGCCUCCCGUCUGACUGACUGUCACCUAAGGAUCAUGCCAUUUUGUCAGUCAUGUCACUUGCUGCUUUGGUGAGCAUAUGACAGAUAACAUCUGAAGUACUACCGCCAACAAUUUCCUGCAGUCCGGAAUUCCUUUAUAUUGUAUCAUUGCAAAUAAUUACUAGUCAACGUACUUUAUGCGUAAGCCUGGUAGUCACCUGGUGGAUUCUAGAUCGAUUGCUUAGAAAAUCUGGCUUGGGCAGUCAGUUUACUGUAUCACGUCUGGUGGAUUCCGUACGUUGCCAUAAGCUGGGUGCGUAACAACCCAAGUGCGAUUGAACUCACGGCUCCCGGUGGAGCUUAGCAACUCAGGUGGCUAGAGCGUUGGCUGUAUUCUAGCUCUCAUGGGUCCGAAUCCCACUUAAUUCGCUGAGGUUUUCACAUUCGAGUCAAAAUAAACAAUUCGAGUCUGCCAAAAUACCCAUUAAAUCGUUUAUCUUUGCCGUAGAUGUGAUAAUCCUAUGGAAGAGUGCCUAGCUAGUAAACGCGACUUCUUGGUAGACUGUAGAAGAUGGAAGAAAGGUCUGGUUUGCUGGGUUUGGAUGCUCCACUGACAAGUGCGGUUACAGUAUUCACUAAGAGUACGAAUUUAAACGUAAUUAUACUAGUUAUACCGAUAUUUACAGGGAAGACUGAGAUAGCCGCCGUUUUGGUCUCGUAUUUUCUUCGAUCAUCCCCUCCAUGCUACCUUGCUCGUUGACCGCUUUCACCGGGCGUAUUUAUGCACAUCAGUUUGGGUUCAGUCACAGAUAUCUGCGGAAAUUACUAUCUGAAGAGAAUAGUGGUUAAGUCCGGGGCAUCUUUUACCUCAGUUUCCGUCGUACUUUUGGCCUACUUCGUGGUUAUUGUUUUACCAUUAUUAUCCCACCCUUACUGAGUUCCCAUCUAUUUAUCGUGCGUUCGCUGUCAUUUCCCACCAAAUUGCUAAGCCUAUUUAGAGUUGACCAAAUGUUCUUGGGACAUUGGUUUUUGGUAUGGUAGACUAAACUGUAAAUUCCCUUGUUUUCAUGACCUACCUAAGUUUCUCGUUCGUUUUGUAUUUAUUUUAAACCAAACAUCCCCACCGUGGUUUACGAUUUCGAGUCCAUAAAUGUGGUCGUUGGCUUAUGAUUGCGACAAGUGUUCAGCACCAGCGUGAGCUGAAUAGAGUUGCAAUGGGUUGACGUGCUCACCGUCGUUUGGAUGUCAUCGUUUCAUCGAAUACAGUUAUUUUAUGAAAUCAGUGUUGACCAAACAAGUCAGAGAUGUUACGUAGGUCGUAUUUCGUCUCCGUGUCUCGUGCUGAUCGAUGGUCAGGGCUUCCAUCUUGACUUCAGUUAGAGAACUUGCAAAACGCAGGACCCAUAAGCCUUUGGGUUUUGGCUCUGUCCUCUUCCCUCCGCACCCAUCUGCAACAUACUUUACAGUUGAACCCUUCCCCUGCUUUGAACAUUUUAAGGCAAGAAUGAGAGCAGCAAACACAGCUGUCAUCCCUACUAUUUGGCCAACGCCCAGCACUACCACUUCAGGCUCUAAAUUUAACUUCGAACGCCCUGGAUUGCCAUCCGGGUCCCUGACGGCAUCCCACCCUGCCCUGCUGGAACUGCACUCCCAUAGUCUGUCAGGCACACCCUCCAGCCAGCAUUCGCCGAGUGCCUCACUUCCAGUCGAGAGCGUCGUUAGUGCCGACCAGGAGUCUCGCGUUGCUCUAAACAAUAGAAGGCCAAAAGUUUUGUUAUCUCCGAGUAGGACUACUGAGAGCAGUUUCGAGGUCUCUGGGAUCUCGUCCGCAAUGUCCUCCAGUGGAAGUGGUGUACUUUGCUCUCCCCCGAAACAGGCACGUGUCAGCCUCCGACCUCUGCCCCAACAGUCAAACAGAGUAAGAACAAUAGCAGUCGACCCUACGCAUACCCUGAUAACUCGCAGUUUUGAGUCAUUGCCUCAGCGACAACAACCGUCAUCGACUCUCGAAUCUGCUCAGGUGGCCGUGGUGAUGCGUCCAAGUACCCCGCUUCAACCGCGAGCCUCUCAUGUAGCCUCCAACGCUGGUCGGGUCGCCGUGAGUACCCAGCCGUCAUCGUUACAGAAGAAGAACUUUCAUAAGAGUAUGCCCUCCGGCUCUUCGCCCCAGCUGGACUCCUCAGAGGACGCUCCCUUAAACAACCGUUGGUCUCACUGGCGCGAGGUUCCACGCAGCAUUCCAGACAGUGUCGACCUAUUGGAUACAGAAGAGGACACUGAGGAUGAUGAUCUGGGACGGAUUGCCAGCAGUAGGUCAGAAAACUGUAACGACAAUGGGUUCAGAAAUAUCGCUCCUGGGGACGAACUGUCACCACUAGGACGAGCCCUAGGUGAUGGACGCGAGGCCGGUGACAAUCCACACGAGGUCUCAUCUGGCCUUAUUGACAGCAUCAAUUCAAUGUCUUCUUUAAGUGACGUGAGUACUGACAAUGAGAGGAGGGUGUCGACCGCUACCAUAUCUGCAGAAGGUGACCGUAAACCAGACUCAUUUGUGUCUUUGCCCCAAAAGUAG